AUGGACAAGGAUUCCAUUACAUCACUCCUGAAGUAUAAACUCGAGCAGAAACAAGACGAACGCCCCAAAAAGCAAGAAGAAGUUAAUAACUGGAAAGCGCCAAAGCUUGGCAAGAAGUCUAUUUUGCGGAAAGGAGAAUACGCAUACGAACCAGAAAUCAAUAAUAUCAACGAACUUACUUUAGCGCAAAAGAUGUUGGAAAUGCGUUCCACGUCACUCAAAAGAAAGGUGAAAUCGGUGGAGUCACCAUUUCAAAGAUACGCGAAGUACGUUGUCAACGAGAAGAAACCAAAGACGUUGACUGAGAAGAGUGAGGAGACAAUCGAGAAGAAAAAACUAACGAAAAAAGAAGAGGAGGACAGCAACGAGUUUGAAAUCUUCGAAGACAAAGGCGAAGAGGUGAAAGAGUCAAUGAAACAAGUCAAGAAGGUUUCAAGAAGUCGUUCGAAGAAGGUACGAAAGACUUCUAAAAGUCCCUCGUCUGAAUCAAUUAAGAGUGAAGUGACUAACUGA